GCGGAAGAUAGACAAACGCAGCUGAACGCUGCUGCUCUUGAACGCCUCCUCUAUGGGACGCGUUUCAUAAUGGCGAAGUCCCGACUCUGAGUGUUAGAGGAUGAAGAUCACUGUGGUGGGAGCCACUGGGCAGACUGGACAGCAACUGGUCAACCAGGCGCUGCAGCAGGGUCACGUGGUCACAGCCCUCGUCAGGAACCCGGGGAAGCUCACUGUCACUCAUGAGAAUCUCAAGGUGGUGACAGCUAAUAUUUUCUCAGCAGACAACCUGAAGACUCACUUCAAAGGGCAGGAUGCGAUCAUGUCCUGCCUCGGCUUCCCAGCCUCCUUCUUCUCGGGGGUGACGGGCUACACUCAGUCCAUGACAGCUAUGGUCAGUGCGAUGCGAGAAGCCCAGGUGAACAGGAUGAUCACCAUGACCUCCUGGUAUACGGAGCCAAACUCUGGAACUCAGUCAUCGUACCUGAUUCGAUUCCUCCUGCUGCCCUUAAUCCGAAGUGUCCUCAGCAACAUGUACGAGAUGGAGCAGUUUCUGCAGAAGACGGAGGACAUCAACUGGACUGUGGUGCGCCCACCUGGCCUCAAGAACCUUCCAGCCUCGGCUCAAGAGUUUCUGACCCAUGAGGGAUACUUUGUGCCUGACAGCAACGGUCAACCUGCGAGCAGUUCAGUGGCGAGAGGAGACGUGGCUCGCUUCAUGCUCUCUCUGCUCAACAGCAAUGCCUGGGUCAAGAAAGGCGUGGCCAUCACUACCAAAUGAGGGGGGGGGUGGGGGGGAAGUGUCGACUCACUCACGUUUAAAAAAAAUCAAAUCAAAUCUCCAGCUAUUGGUUGUAUUUACCCAUGAAGAUAUAUUUGAGAUAUUAAUUUGCAAUAUUUACAGUGAAGAAUUCUGUUUGCAGCACUGAGGAAUUAAAAUUGCAGUCAUCAAUUUUUUUUAUGCAAUUGAUGUCAUUGUUUUUGUAUUUGUAGUUACAGCUUUAAAGCUUUUAUUCGGUAGUCUAAAGCAGCAGGAAUCAUAUGCAGGUCUUAAUGAAACCUUUUAAACAUCGUUAAGUAACUUCAUUAGAUGGCAGGAUAUCAGUGUUGUGUUCAUAUUGUAAACAGCUCAGCUUAAAGCCAGCUUCACUAGAAGUACUUUUAAUCAAAUAGGUGGUCCCUCUGAAAU